AGAGAGGAGAGGAGAGACAGCAGGAAGGAGGGCUCUGAUACAAGCAUCAAGCAGAACGGAGAGGAGAGGUUGGAUCACUGCUGUGCUCUGUGUCUUCCCCUCUUGAUCUGAAACGCUCUUAGUAUUCAGAUGUUAUUCUAGUGGAGAUUUAAGAGAUGAAAUAUCAACCAUCAUACCAAUGUCCCAAUUCAUAUAGGCUUCUGUGUUCACUUCCUCUUUCACAUUGUGGGAAUAGGCCAUUAUGAAUCCAAUUUUAUUUUGAUGACGACGAUGAUGGGGUAAUGAUGAUGAUGAUGAUGAUGAUGAACACACAGACAGAAACACACACCCAUCCCCCACCCUAACCUGGUAGUUGGAGGAAUAUUUCGAAGGGGUGGUCUUGAGAUGCAAUGUUUUGAGCGGGGAGAGAGAAAAGCUGUUGCCGCAACCAUUCUUCCUCCCUCCGGUUCCCACCGCUCUUUCCCUCGCUCCCUUCAAAGUCCACCUAUCGAAGGCGUGGAGAACCUCUCGUGCGUCGCACACCGAGACCGUGCCUGUUGGAGACGCGCUGCAUCGCUCCACGGGAAGAUGGAGAAACGGCAAGCACAGUUAUCACAAGAAACCAAGGAAAGCUGUCAUUUAUGAUGCAAAUAAUUUACCGUCGAUAGGAACUUAUUUUAGCGAAGGUGUGUUCUGAUCUGCUGAAGGAACAUGGAUGUGUCUGGGGGCCAGCAGCAGUAUGGAGGAUCUAAGAAGAGGGUGAAGAUCCACCCCAAUUCCGUCACAGUGAAAUACGCCACCCACUUCCCCCAGCCUGGAGACGAGGGUUACGAUGAUGCUCCAUCCUUUGAAGACUUUGGGUCGUUUGCAGAGGCCAGCCCUGCUAAGAGACUGGUGACAGACAGUAGUAGGAGGACUUUCUUUGGCACCAUAGAGACCCCCUGUCCGCUAGGGGGGAAGGGGCCAUCGGGGGGAGGGGUGGAGCCCCAGAGCCGGGACAAGGGGGUCGGGGGGCAGCUGGCUAGCUUCGGGGAGGCCAACGUCCUGGCGUCCCGGGUCACCUGGAUGGCGUUGUUCGGGGCAGCGGUGGCUCACGGCUGCGUUGCUCUGAUCACGCGGCUGGCGGCAGACCGCUCCAAAGUGCCGUCCCUGGAGCUGAUCUUCAUCCGGUCUGUGAUCCAGGUCCUGUCCAUCACAGUGGUGUUUUAUAACCAGGAGGAACCCUUCGGCCCGAAGGGGUACCGCCUCCGGCUCUUCUUCUAUGGUGUCUGCAACGUCAUCUCCAUCACCUGCGCCUACACCGCCUUCGCCAUCGUGCCGCCCAGCAACGGUACCAUCAUGUGGCGCGCAACCACCACGGUGUUCAGCGGCGUGAUGGCCUUCCUGUUGUUAGACGAGAGGCUGGGCUACACGGACGUGGUGACGGUGGUGGGCAGCGUGUUCGGCCUGUGUCUCGUCAUGAUCCCCAAUGUGGCCGACGAGGAGAAGUCUCGCCUCACCUUCUGGAAGGAGGCGUUCGGCUACACCAUGACGGUGAUGGCCGGCCUCACCGGAGCCCUGUCCAUGAUCGUCUACCGGGCCAUCAAGGAGCGUGUCAGCAUGUGGACAGCCCUGUUCACGUUUGGCUGGACGGGCACGGUGUGGGGCGCCUCCACCAUGUUCGUUAUGCAGGAGCCGAUUAUCCCCCUGGAUGGGGAGACGUGGGGCUACCUCACGGGGAUCUGUAUCUGUUCCACCGUGGCGUUCCUGGGGGUCUACUACGCCCUCAACAAGUUCCACCCCGCCCUGGUGAGCACCGUGCAGCACCUGGAGAUAGUGGUGGCCAUGUUGCUUCAGCUCAUGGUGCUGCGCAUGGUCCCCUCCAUCUACGACGUCAUCGGGGGGCUGGUCAUCAUGGCCAGUGUGUUUACUCUAACGGGAGUGAAGCUGUAUAGGGUCAGCCGGGCUGUACGGCAGGACUACCAGGAGAUACUGAACUCACCCAUUAAAUAGAGCCUGGACUCCAUCUCUCUCUCUCUUUCUCCAUGUCUCUCCCUCUCUCUCUGUCUGUCUAUCGCUGUCUUUCUCUCUCUCUCUCUCUCUCUCUCUCUCGCUGUCUCUCUCUCUCUCGCUGUCUCU